GUGCUGGAACUCGACCGAAUACAGCAAGCAUAUAAAGCCCAACUCCCCAGCCAUGCCUCCCCACAAAGCUUGUUUGUUACCAUCUUUCACGCUCUUACGACUAUCUCUUUUCUACUUUCUUAUAUUCCCCUUUCAUCGACAUGUCCAAAGCAGUCGGUAUUGACUUGGGCACCACCUACUCUUGUGUCGGUGUCUGGCAAAAUGAUCGUGUAGAAAUCAUCGCCAACGACCAGGGUAACCGAACAACCCCUUCGUAUGUCGCUUUCUGCGACAACGAGCGGUUAAUCGGUGACGCUGCCAAGAAUCAAGUCGCCAUGAACCCGCACAACACUGUCUUCGACGCAAAGCGUCUCAUCGGUCGCAAGUUCGAUGACGCUGAGGUGCAGGCUGAUAUCAAGCACUUCCCCUUUGAGGUCUUCAACAAGGGCGGCAAGCCUUACAUUCGGGUUACCUACCGUGGCGAGAAGAAGGAAUUCGUAAUCACCUGAAGAAAUUUCUUCUAUGGUCCUCACCAAAAUGAAGGAGACUGCGGAGUCGUAUCUCGGAACAACCGUCACCAACGCUGUUGUCACCGUCCCGGCAUACUUCAACGAUUCACAACGUCAAGCCACGAAAGACGCCGGUGUCAUUGCUGGUCUUAAUGUCCUCCGUAUCAUCAACGAGCCUACCGCCGCUGCCAUUGCCUACGGUCUUGAUAAGAAGACCACCGGCGAGCGCAACGUUCUCAUCUUCGAUCUCGGAGGAGGAACCUUCGAUGUCUCUCUUUUGACCAUUGAAGAGGGUAUCUUUGAGGUCAAGGCCACUGCUGGUGAUACUCAUCUUGGUGGUGAGGAUUUCGAUAACCGUCUUGUCAACCACUUCGUCCAGGAGUUCAAGCGUAAACACAAGAAGGAUAUCUCAUCCAACCCUCGUGCACUCCGUCGACUCCGUACCGCUUGCGAGCGUGCCAAGCGUACCCUCUCGUCCGCUACCCAAACCACUCUCGAAAUCGACUCUCUCUUCGAGGGUAUCGACUUCUAUACUUCCCUCACCCGUGCUCGUUUCGAGGAGCUCUGCCAGGAUCUCUUCCGUUCGACUCUCGAGCCCGUCGAGAAGGUCCUUCGCGACUCCAAGAUCGACAAGGCCAACGUUCACGAGAUCGUCCUUGUCGGUGGUUCGACCCGUAUUCCCCGUAUCGUCAAGCUUGUCUCCGACUUUUUCAACGGCAAGGAGCCCUGCAAGUCCAUCAACCCCGAUGAGGCUGUCGCUUAUGGUGCGGCCGUCCAGGCUGCUAUCCUCACUGGUGACACUUCUGAGAAGACUCAGGAUCUCCUGCUCCUCGAUGUUGCUCCUCUGUCGCUCGGUAUCGAGACCGCUGGUGGAGUCAUGACCGCGCUCAUCAAGCGUAACACCACCGUGCCGACGAAGAAGUCCGAGAUCUUCUCGACGUACUCAGAUAACCAGCCUGGUGUGCUCAUCCAGGUCUACGAGGGUGAACGUGCACGUACGAAGGACAACAACCUUCUCGGCAAGUUCGAGCUCUCUGGCAUUCCUCCCGCUCCCCGUGGUGUUCCACAAAUUGAGGUCACUUUCGAUAUCGACGCCAACGGUAUCCUCAACGUCUCCGCUUCGGAUAAGACCACCGGAAAGUCGAACCGUAUCACCAUUACCAACGACAAGGGUCGUCUCUCGAAGGAGGAGAUCGAGCGUAUGGUCCAGGAGGCCGAGAAGUACAAGGCUGAGGACGAGGCUGCUGCUGCUCGUAUCACUGCCAAGAAUGCUCUCGAGUCCUAUGCUUACAACCUGCGUAACUCGCUCACUGACGAGAAGCUCGCUGACAAGUUCGACCCGGCCGAUAAGACAAAACUUCAAACCUCUGUCGACGAGGUCAUCCACUGGCUUGACGCCUCACAAGAGGCUUCCAAGGAGGAGUACGAGGAGAGGCAGAAGGAACUCGAGGCUACCGCCAACCCGAUCAUGCAGAAACUGUACGCUGGUGCGGGGGGAGGUGCUGCAGGCGGAUUCCCCGGCGGCGCACCAGGAGGCUUCCCCGGAGGUGCUGCACCAGGCGGUGGUGAGGAGGGCCCUAGCGUCGAGGAGGUCGACUAAACGAUUAGAACUUCUUGAUGCUUUCUCCUCCUUGUUGCUUGUUGCUGUUCUCUGCUCUCGUCUCGCGCGCCAGUUUGGUAGUAUGUAGUGCACUGUUGCGGUAAAAUAAUCACCAUCUUGUACAUUACAAGCAUUUUUUUUUCCCUUAGUUUAUACACUUUACAACAUCGCUCUCGAAUCUCGAACUUGCCCUGCGUGUGAUAUGUUGGAA